GAGAGCCGGGCGUCGUCGGGCGGUGUCCGUCGCUCCGCCAGGGCCCGCCCUCGAGCGGGGUUCGUCUCUUUCUCCCCCCCUCACCCGCGGCGCGCACCGGAGCCUCCAUCCCUCCGGUUGCCCCUCAGGCGAAGCCCCCUCCGUUGCCCGCCCGCCGGCCCCGGCAGCGCCUCGCCCCCCCCCUCAGCCCGUUCCUCGCGGGUGGCUUCGCCCGCUCGCCAUGGCUCUCUGCCGCCGCCUGGCCCGGCUGGCCGCCCACCUGCAGGACCCGCGGAAAGUGGCCGCCUUCCAGCGGCUGUGCGGGGUGGAGGGGCCUUCGGGCUGGGCCGACCCGGAGCACCGAGCCGGGGGCGUGGGGCCGGUGGUUAACGGCGGCCCCGCGGCGGCGGAGCGGGCAGGAGAGCAGGAGCAUCCAGCUGGGAACGGGAGCGUGCCCGGCGGGGCGGGCCCCCCGGAGCGGUGGAGGAGGAGGCCGCGCCGCAACUCCCUGACGGAGGAGGACGGCAGCCAGGAGUUCGCCACCCGCAGCCGCUUCCUCUACUAUCUCUUCAGCCUGGGCACGGAGCUGGGGAACGAGCUCUUCUACAUCCUCUUCUUCCCUUUCUGCAUCUGGAACUUGGACGCCUGGCUGGGCCGGAGACUUAUCAUCAUCUGGGUGUGGGUGAUGUACCUGGGGCAGUGCACCAAGGAUGUCAUCCGCUGGCCGCGGCCUGCCUCCCCGCCCGUGGUGAAGCUGGAAGUCUUCUACAACUCCGAGUACAGCAUGCCCUCCACCCACGCCAUGUCGGGCACUGCCAUCCCCCUGGCUCUCCUGCUGCUCAGCUACGGCCGCUGGCAGUAUCCCCUUAUAUUUGGACUGAUCCUUGCAUUCUGCUGGUGUUCUUUGGUUUGCUGUAGUCGAAUUUAUAUGGGAAUGCAUUCAAUUUUGGAUGUUAUUGCUGGAUUUCUGUAUGCUAUUCUCAUCUUGGUUGUCUUCCAUCCAGUUGUGGACCUGAUUGAUAACUUCAAUUUAACUUACAAAUACGCACCCUUGAUUAUCAUCAGUCUCCAUUUAGCCCUGGGCAUCUUCUCUUUCACUCUAGACACCUGGAGCACCUCACGAGGAGACACAGCUCAGAUCCUCGGCUGUGGUGCUGGAGUAGCCUGUGGCUCUCACGUUAACUACCUAAUGGGUCUAAAGCUAGAUCCUCCUCCCCAUACCUUACCUUUAUCUCUUUCCUCUCUCACUGUGACUGUGUUUGGAAAAGCCAUAUUGAGGUUGUUGAUUGGAGUCAUAGUCCUGUUGUUAACAAAAAUAGCCAUGAAAAAAGCCACGAUUCCACUGGCAUGUAGAAUAUUCCGCGUACCACAUGAGGAUAUACGGAAAGCCAGGCAACGCAUGGAAGUCGAGCUUCCCUAUCGCUAUAUUACGUAUGGAACAGUUGGGUUCUCCCUCAUGUUUAUUGUUCCUUGCCUCUUCCAUUUUAUUGGUCUUUCCUGAUACAGUUUUAGCACUCUAAAUAGGGAGAACAGAGCUAGUUGCUUUUUGAAGAGGUGCACUAGUUUGCAAAGGGGAGGCCAGCGAGCUUGGCUUUAGCAGGGCCUUCACUCUAACAGCAAUACGUAGCAGGCAAAGCAUUUAAAGAACUUUGCACAUCUUUGGGUAUGGUAUGGGGCCAGAAGUCAAAUAUCAGCCCCCAAGAAGUGCUGAACUCUAUAAAUGCUGUGUCUAUAGUCUUAUUGCUGUAACAGAGUCUGUGUGUGUAUGAUGCAAUGAAUGUAUAUGGAAUGUCUGUUGUUCAGUACCUGCAUACACUGACAUUUAACAGGUAUGUCUGACAGCUGAUCAGAAAGCACCAUUCAUGAUCUAUUUGCCACUUUGUAGUAAUUUAUUCAAGUUAUUGGACCAUAAACUGCUAGAUUUGCUUCCCUCGAAGUCUUGCUUCAAGAUGUUUCAGCCAAUAGGCACUUGUCAUGGACCAAACUCGUAAUGAGGUUGAAUUUUGCUGAAAAACCCAACAGCAGCCUUUUUUUUUAGCCCCCCACCCCCUCUACAAAGUAGUGUCUGGAUUGGCAUUGGUAGAUAUCACUAGAGUACAUAUGAUUCAGGUACUGUAUUUCAUGGUUUAAUAAUUGUGCCUUUCUGUUGCUAAAUUAAGAAAUGCCAUAUAUACUGUGAUGUAAAAAUGCCUAAUUUUAUUUAAAAUCCUACAUAAUUAGGCAGAUAUUUUAAAAUGUUAGAUUGUCCAUGUUGCUGGCAUGGUUCAAGUUAACCAGCGUACUCAGUUUAGCCUGAUCACAAUUGCAUAAAUGAAAAGACCUAAGAAUUAUGUCCCUAAGUUCAAGAUGUUGUAAAUGGACAAUAAUCCCUUUUGUAAGUAUUUUUAAUGAGUGUUGUAAGUUACUGGAAGAGCAUAUAUUUUUCUGGAGAUUGUUUAUACAGUGGACAGAUAGUCAAAAUUAAUGACCUAAACAUAUAAACAAUAAAAACAUCCCAUUCUGCAAAGAAAUGGGCUUUUCUUAUUCUUCCAAACUAAUGUAGAAGAUGUAGAAGGACCAUUGUUUUUAGAUAUUCGCUUAUAAAAUAUAAUACUUAUUCUAGAAAAAAAAAGUAUUUUUAUGCAUUAACAUACUGGAUUUAAAGGUGAUAAUCACUCUUAUCCAAUUUAGAUAGCUGUAAGACUAGAUAAUAAUCAAAUUUUUAAUAAUUCUGAUAGGCAGAUUGUGAGCAGUCAGGACAGCAUGAUCAGUGCAAACCUGGUUUGUGCGUAUCUAUGUUUUACUGAAUUAUUACACACUUUUCAACUUUUCAUGAUCCUUUUUCCAGUGAUGAGCAGAAUAUGACCCUUCAACUGUAAUUUCAUACGCCUCUUUUGUGCUUCAUUUAGUCUGUGUUAAUGUGUUGCCUAAUCUGGUCUUUCUGUUAGGAACUGUUGUACUGCAGGAGGAGCUGCCCUGUUGUCUGGCCAGCCAUGAAUUAGUUUUGUAUUGUAGAUUUUUUUCAGGAGAAACAUAAUUUGGUUGGGAAGUAGACUGAUUAGCUAGAAUACAAAGCUUAUGUUUUUUGUCAACAGUAUUUGGAACUGGAGGGGGGCUUUUUUUGUGUUGGAGCUCAUAUCUCCAAACUGUUAAUAUGUAAAUUAACAAAAUUAGCUUUGUAUCUCUCUCCUCCAGGCAGCCGCAGUUAAGGUACGUUGGCAUUAGAUGCUGUGAAAAGGUGACUUUUUGGGUGCAUUUUUUCUUCAAUGCAUUCAGAGUGCACCGCUCUGAGCUUAUAUCAAACUGAUGGUGUGUUCAACAGCUCCUGCAGUUGAAAAGACCUUAUCUAGUAGAACAUGGUUAGCUUGUUUCAGUGCAUAUUUCUGGAUUUGAUUUUUCUCCCUGUUCCUCUUUUGCAGUUUAAUCCUGAAUGUGCAGUAAAAGGUAACUUGAGGGAGGGGUUUCCACUGGUGUGGCUUCACACAAUAAGAUAGUCAUUGGAUAAGUAGCUGGGGGAAUGUUAUACAAAAUGCCUUAUGCUUAAAGCCCUGACCAAGUGGUGUAGUUCCAAUUAUAUUAAAUUAAUCUGAGGCAUGGUAAAUAUAAUAGGAUAACUUUAUCUGAAACUUAGGGCAUAUUCUCCUUAAAUAUCCUAGUUUUACAGUUUGUAGUGAAAAAUGUUUCAAUUCUGGCAUGGAAGAGACAAGUGAGAAAAAAUAAUUUUUAAGGUACAUAUUUGACUUCUAGGAACUUCAGCUUUACAGCAUAAGAGCAUUCUUAAAGCUGUCUUUUCUAGCUGUGCUUGCUCUGUUUUACUAUUAAUGGGAAAUAAAAUCCACUGUGGAAGAUGCAGAAUGGGUGAAAAAAUCAUUGCAGGUAGGGCUUUCAAGAGGCUAAGGAAAAUAGCACUGUAGCUUAUUCUACUGUUAAUCACAGAUAUAUAUUUUAUAUUUUUAUACAUUGGGUAACUUCAAAAUGUCAUGUUCCAUGUACCACAUAGUCUAGUACACAGGAAAUGUAAAUCAGAAUGUUUAUACAGCACCUUUACAACCCUGUCUCUAAGACUGCAAAAACUUAACUGAAGUUUACAUGAAAAAGAUUUUACUCUAUUUUCAUGUUUUGUAAGGGGCUAGGUUCAAGAGGUCAGUUUAGCACAAAAUAUCAUGCAAUAUGAAUACUGUUACAGAACAAAGAAUCACCAAAAUGCAAAAAUUUAAAAUCCCAACUUAAGUGUUUGUAUUUUAGUAUAUUUUUGUUAAAUAAUAAGGUAAGAUUCCUCCAAAUCAGGCAUUACAAAACAGCAGGUAGUACUGGAGCACUUUCUUUGCCCUAAGGUAUUCCUAGAGUGGAACACAAAAAAUGUUUCUAGUGUGAGCAUCAGCUGGUACCAAAUCACUUAUAAAUAAAUUUCAUACAGCUUUAAAAGGUAGUUAAAUGUUGUUUCAGAAAGAUAAUACACUUGAAACCUUCCACGAAGUGGUGCAAAAACAUCUUCAUAUGUCACUGCUCGUGACUUCCUCAGUUUUGAAUUGUCAUAAAGAGAGAAACACUAGUACUUUAUAGAAGCAGAUGUAAACACAUUUAUUACAGAAAGCUGUGAGUUAAAUUUUUUUAUUACUGUAUGAAAGAAAACCUGCAACUAACAGUCAUGUAGAGUGUAAUUUGGCACAAAAUUCUGUUUUCUAAGAAGCUGAAGACACUCGAAUUAGUCUUGGACUGCCUUAAACACAGGAGCAAGAUUUUUUCUGACUUGGCCUUCAAUCAGAACUAACAUAUACAUUGCAUUGUGGGGAAGCUUUAGAAAUUAAUAUUUCAAAAGAAGUUUCAUGUUUAUUAAAAAAAGCUGUUACUUUUCUGUCCCAUACCAUGAACUGGGGUUGAAGCAUCUUCUGUGUGAUCAGCUAUGAAGCUCUUCAGUCUCUGAUCACAUUUGCCUUACCACUUACUUGGCAAAUUGGGGAGGGGAAGAAGCUAUUUUAAGGUAAAUUGGCAAACCAAAGGGAGUUGUAUUUUGUUUAUCUACUUGGUUUGUUUUUUUUUUUACCAGAACAGUGUUAAAUUGUCUGGAUUUUAAAAGCUAUUUUGCUUUCUUUUGCUACUCUUUUUUUUUUAAUUACUGCUUUCAGUAUUUUUUACUCAAUUUAUUGCUUGUUUCCCAGGGAGUGUCCUGAACUUUUUGUAAGCAAUUGCUACUUAUGUGAAGAUUGUAAUUUUGAACUUGUAAAUACUUAAGGGCUGUUAGUGGCUGUUUGCUGCUCAAAUACAUAAAAACAAACCUUGCAUGCUGUAAGUAAAUACAUCUGUUGUGCUGAAAGUUGUUGCUAUUUCAGUAUUUGCUUUCUCAAUACAAACUAGAGAUUUUUCCACACACAAUACAUAAGAUAUUUAAUGACUCAGUGGUAUGAAGGGGCAUUGAUGUCUAACUCCUGUUAACUUUACUGGGAGUUCUAGUUCCUUCCAUAUGACAUUGGGAAUGAACCCUGACGUGUAGAGGCAUCAGUGUGUGUGAAGUGACUUAACCUUCUAAGGUGUAAAUGUCCUUCCCUUGCUUUGGAGGUCUGAGAGAUUGUUCUUUUUAAAAUAAUACUUGGCCCAGUUUUCACUAGACUUAUAAAGGGCUUAACUAGGAAGCUGUUUCUCAGUAGCUGGAACUGGUUGUACAUUUGCAACACUUAAUUGACACUUGUCCCUCUGUACUGUGGUUAUGCUGAAGGACAAGAUGCCAGAGUAAUAUCAGUAGAUAAAAUGAUGACAGGAGAAUUGAUUUCUUGCUUAUUGUGACUCAAUUUACUGUAACUGAUUCUUAGGUGGUUUUAUUUGGUCUAAUGUAGAAUGUUUCUGGGUUAUACAAUUUAUUUCUAUAUUCUACAAAAUUACUUUAAGGAAACUUUGACUUUUUUCAUGGGAGGAAGUCUCAUUGAAUGACUUUAUGCCAGAACUUUAUUCUAGUGGAAAGCUUAAGUGACCUUUUUGUUUCAGAAAAAAAACAACAACUAUAAGCCUACUUUUAAAAAUACUGUAAAUACUGUAUUUGUCAGUGGAUUCAUUGUAUCACUAAUGUUGAUUUUCUUCUUAAAAUACUUCUUGAAACAAAGGCAGACAAAGGUUAAUUUGGAAACAAAAUGUGAUGACGUGUGUCAGAGAGGAUGUGACUCCUUAGGUGUUCUCUAAAAAGUGAGUAUCACAUACUGGAGUUGAAGCAAAUGUAACUAUGCGUUAGUAAAAUGUCUUUGCACUCCAUUCUGCACCAGAAAUAAUUUGCAUGUUGGUAAGAGUCCAGUUAACAAUAUGAAGCCAAGCAGUUGGUUUUUGCAGUGUAUAAUUAGUAACUGUUCCUUUAAGAUCAAAGAGUAGAGGGUACAUAGGAGAAUACUACCUUAAAGAUACCAUAAAUGUAAAUAAAAAGUCUUAAGUUGAAGAAUUUUUAUUCAUCUUUAAGCUUUGACUAAAUUAGUCACUAAGUUUUUCCCACAACUUUAUUUUUGUUAGAAAGUGUAAAGGAAGACAAGGGUGAUACUCCUGGAACAGAAAUUAGAUCUUCAGACAAUGAUAGAUGUCUAAAAUAUCAUAACUGAAGAAGACUAAUUCAGGAUUUAGCAACCUGAAAAGAGCAAAGUCUGAGGGGGAUUUUGUAUUAAACUUAAUGCACUUAAAAAUUAUGCCAAAAUUUGGCCUAUACUUGAUUUAUAUGAAAUCUGUAGUACAGUAUAGAUGUAAUAUAUUGCUUAAUUUUUAUGUAUAGUUUUUUUCUUGUUACGGUAUUCCCUAUUCCCUGACAAAGCAACUGUUCAUAAAAUAUAAGCCAGCAUUGUCUAAGGUCAGGCUGUGUAUUAGUAGUAUUUCAGGGAAUAAUGCAGUUGUAACCCCCAGUCUCUCAACCUCUUGGAGAACUUUAUUUAAAAAAAAGUUAAUUUCAAAUGCAAGCCCUGACUUAGUUGAGUAUCACAUAAAUGGUUUCUGUAUAACAGUGUACAACUGAAGUUUUUAAAAUUAAUACAUCAGAACUUUUGGUUAUAUUAUCAUUAAUGAGUUUGUAUUCAUUGUACACUUUCUGCAGUUGACAACUAAUAUUUAAACUCAUAUUGACUGGUAACUGAAGUGUCUAACUUCAUCUGCAAUGAGUGGGUAAUAAACUACUGUUGGAUUCAAA